GCAGCACAAACCUGAUCAGCAUACAAAGCAGUUUGGGGAUGACUGAGCCUGAGAUCCAGGCAUUGCGGACCUCGAUCGCCAACAGCAUGGCCAGCCUGGUAUCCAGCAUCGCCCAGCCUCUGAACUCAGUGACGGCAAACGAGUUGUUCGGAGCAGUGUCCCGCACCACAUUCAGCGCGGACCAGAAGCGCAUGCUAUCCCAUGUGAUCCAGCAGAAGUUGCUGGCCAGCAAUGUCACCCAGAGGCUGGCUCCAACUGAUAAGCAGCACUUUCGCAAGACUGGGUGCAUCCUGUCCUACUUCACUUCGGCGGACUGGGAGAUCUUAUCCAACCAGGACCUCCCAUAUGACAGUGACGUUAAGGCCAUGGUCGUGACCAAGCGCCUCGUCGCUGGUGGCAUGACGCAGCCGAGUUCCAAGGCCUGCGCCGAGGUCGUGGCUUUACUGGCGGCGUCUUGUUGGUCGGAUCAGUGCAGCGCAGUUGGCAUGUACAACCAUGUCUUCGGGAUCGGGAGGCACUUCGAGAACGCUGAGUUCGCUGGUCACAAUCUGACGGUACUCAAGGAGUGGCCUGCCACGCCGCUGGAACUUCCAGCCGACGUUUACCACGCCAUGUACCCAGACGCAUCGGACGGCCCAAUCAUCAAGAGCCUCGACAACUUUACUUCGGUGAGGAAGAAGGUCAGCUGCAGAUGCUCGAACAAGACGGUGAGGUCGGACCCUGCGAUGGCAAAGGCUGGCGGUGCUCAGCCCAUGCAGUUCGACCUGGCGUCCUUCAUGGUCGCUGCUCAGCAGGCUGGCCUCACCCCUCAGCAGACGAUGGAGAUGGGCAUGGCUGGCGCGCGGGCGUUGGGCGUCAACAUGCUCGGUGCCCCCCCGCAUCGCGACGGCAGUAUUUCAGUUUCUAGGCCGCCUGUGAUUACCUACGGCGGCAACGCGAUGCGUGGCUCUGGGGCACCUCCUGGCCCUCCACAUGGAGCGGCGUCGGCGGCGCCGCCUGAGGCAGCACCGCUGGCCGACGGCGAGAAGGGCGUGCCGAGCGGCGGCGAAGCUGCUACUGGGCAAGCAACGCCCUUCGAGGCCGCUCUCAACGAGUUCAGUGGUGGCGGCCCGCUUGCCUCCAGCAAGAUGCAGACUGCGUCCGCCGAGGACGUGAAGGCAGUGGACGCCGAACAGACGAAGCUUCUGGCAACGGCAAAGGCCAAGGCCGAUGCACAGAAGAAUGGUACCGACGGCGCUGCCAAGGACACGGGCGGCAAGGGCGGCAAGGGCGCGGCCAUGAUGAGGCGGCCCGCAGCCGCAGGUGGGAAGGCGAAAGCCGCCAUCGCCGAUGCCCCGCCCAAGAUGCCGAAGGACGGCGAGUCGGUCAGGGUCCGUGGCGGGAAGAUCCUGGGAUCUGCGAGCCGUGGAGGGUGGAGAGUGUGGCCGAGGGCCGACGACGUCCGCAAGGAGAAGAUCGUGAGGUUUCGGCCUAACAAGAAAAGGUCCUUCGAUGAGGCGUGCAAGCUGAUCUGA